ACGUCUGUCAGAGGGAAUAAUCCAGGCUGCUGACGGUCUGCGGCGUUGAGCUGAGCUGAGCGGGGCUGCUGGAGGAAAGCAGCGCAUUUAAAAACCGCCCAGGGAAGAAGACACUGCAUUUACGAGCUGAGUUUAGUGUAUUUUUUUGCCGCCUGCCUCCUUCACCUCCUCGGCCUAGUUCGACUCCGGUCGCUGCACGAUGACCCGGUCGGGUGGAAAGCUGCACCGGCUCACCUGAAACAAGUGGACACGUUUUCUCCUGAAGCCUCCUCCGGAGUCUGUGACUUUUUAAAUUUCAUUUAAUCGGAUGCCGUGUCGGAUUGCUGCUGUUGCUCUCUGAAAAUCUCCUGCUGGUGCGUAAAAAUCCAGAAAAUCAAGGAAAAGUGGGGUUAUGUAGGUGGACAUUUCUCUUGGAUUCAUCUCCGCCCUGUUGUUUACAUGCUGUAAUUGGAUUUUCCAUCAUUUCCAGCAGCACCAGCAGCAGCACCAGUAGCCAUAGUAGUAGCACGGGUUUUCUCCCUCCGCCUCCUCUUCAUCUUCUUCCUCCUUCCUCCUCCUGCUGGAGCAGAAGAUGGGAUUACCUGCCCUGGAGUUCAGUGACUGCUACCUGGACAGCCCUCAGUUCAGGGAGAGACUCAAGUCUCAUGAACUGGAGCUGGACAAGACCAACAAGUUCAUCAAGGAGCUGAUCAAAGAUGGAAAGGCUCUCAUCCAGGCUUUGAAAAGUCUGUCGACAGCGAAGAGGAAGUUUGCCGACUCCCUCAACGAAUUUAAAUUCCAGUGUAUCGGAGAUGCUGAGACGGAUGAUGAGAUGUGCAUAGCCAAGUCGCUUCAGGAGUUUGCUGCCGUUCUACAGAACCUGGAGGAUGAGAGGACAAGGAUGAUCGAGAACGCCAACGAUGUCCUGAUCAUGCCUCUGGAGCGGUUCAGGAAAGAGCAGAUCAGUGCAGCAAAGGAAGCGAAGAAAAAAUAUGACAAAGAGACAGAGAAAUAUUGCGCAGUACUGGAGAAACACCUUAGUCUUUCAGCGAGGAAGAAAGAGUCGCAUCUGCACGAGGCGGACAACCAGGUCGAUAAUGUCAGGCAGCAUUUCUACGAGGUUUCUCUGGAGUAUGUCUUCAAGGUUCAGGAGGUCCAAGAGAGGAAGAUGUUCGACUUCGUGGAGCCUCUGUUGGCAUUUCUUCAAGGCCUGUUCACCUACUAUCACCAUGGCUACGAGCUGGCGAAGGACUUUAACCACUUCAAGACGGAUCUUACCAUCAGCAUACAGAAUACGAGGAACCGCUUUGAGAGCACACGGUCGGAGGUGGAGAGUCUGAUGAGGAAGAUGAAGGAGAAUCCGCAUGAACACAAGAGUGUCAGCCAGCACACCAUGGAGGGAUACCUGUUUGUGCAGGAGAAGCGCUCAUUUGUGUCCAGUUGGGUGAAGUACUACUGUACGUACCAUCGUGAGCCCAAGAAGGUCACCAUGGUCCUGUUUGACCCCAAAUCAGGAGGCAAAACGGGGGAGGAGGAGAGCUUCCUCCUAAAGUCGUGCACUAGGAGGAAGACAGACUCAAUAGAAAAGAGGUUCUGCUUUGACGUGGAAGCUGUGGACAGGCCGGGAGUGAUCACCAUGCAGGCUAAUGUCAGAAGAGACCGAAGGCUGUGGAUGGAGGCCAUGGAUGGGAGAGACCGGCUUCGCUGUAAUACAUUUCCGGCUAAACGAGUGGGUGUUGUUCUUUGUGGUUUACGAGGUUAUAAUCUCAACAAAGAUAACCAGGCUGAAGGCAUGGCCCACCUGGAUGUGAUCGGCUUCAUGAUGAAAAAAUUCAUCUAUGCGGUGGAUACUCGAGGGUAUUGAUGAACAGGGCUGUACAGAAUCGUUGGUGUCAACUCCAGAGUACAAAAACUACUGAGCCUGGCUAUGGACCCUAAGACGUGUGCUGACGUGGAGCUGGAAAACUCAGAGUGGGAGAUUAAGACAAUAACUAGCGCUAUCAAGCACUAUCUCAGGAUGCUGCCUGCACUUAUGACAUACCAGUACCAGAGGAGCUUCAUCAAAGCUGCAAAGAUGGACAACCCUGAGGCCAGAGUGACUGAGAUCCAUGCUCUCGUGCACCGGCUGCCUGAGAAGAACAGACAGAUGCUGGAGCUGCUCAUGAAACAUCUGGCCAAUGUGGCCAGUCACCACCAGCAAAACCUGAUGACCAUCGCCAAUCUGGGUGUGGUGUUCGGGCCGACUCUGCUCCGCCCUCAGGAGGAGACGGUGGCAGCCAUCAUGGACAUCAAGUUUCAGAACAUCGUAGUGGAGAUCCUCAUUGAGCAUCAUGAGCGAAUAUUCAGGGACGUGCCAAAUUCUGCGGGCGGUUCAGCCAACAUGCAGCUCAACUUGUCCAGGAGGAGAAGCGCCGAGAGCAAAGCCCCGUCCUGCAGCGAGAGGCCUCUCACCCUAUUCCACACACCGACACAUUCCCAGAAAGGUGAGAAGAGAAACAGUGUUGUCAACACGGCGGACUUGCAACAGCCCAUUUCCUCCUCUGCCAACUGUAACAGCAGCAGCAGCAGCAGCAGUGGCAGCAGCAGCCAAAGUCGAACCCCGAGACACAGUCUGACUAGCAACGAUGGAGAGCAGGACAGCCGGCAGAUCCGGCCCAGCUCCCUGCUGAACCCAAAGAGUCGUGGCAGCAUCCCAACCAGUGCAACGUCUCCCAGUCCCACCUCGCCACGUUCCCCUUCCUGGCCGAUGUUCUCUGCCCCUUCGAGCCCGCAACCGAUAUCCUCUGCCUCCAGUGACUCCUCUCCUGUCAGUAUUGCAGGCAGAAAGGCUCGAGCAUUGUACGCCUGCAAAGCGGAGCAUGACUCUGAGCUGUCCUUCAUCGCUGGAACCAUCUUUGAGAAUGUUCAUGCUUCGAGGGAGCCUGGUUGGUUGGAAGGGACUCUGGAUGGCCGAACAGGACUGAUACCAGAAAACUAUGUGGAGUUCUUAUAGCUCCAAUCCACAAAGAAACUUGACCUGGACCAUUCUGGAUGGGAUUAGACCAAACUGGACUGAACAGAACCGACGCAAAACUGCACAAAACUCAGCAUACUCCAUUAAAUUUUCUAUUAUAACGGACUGGACUAUUGUUGAUGAGGUGACGAGACUGGGAACUGAAACUGGACCAAGCAGAAUCAUGUCAAAUGGAUAUGACACAGGAACGAAGCAGAACGGACUGGGGAGAGACACUGAAUUGCACUGGGGGGGGGGGGAGAAAAGAAGAUAAGACCGGCUUUUAUUAGAUUUGUGUGGUUGGCUUCCGAAGUCCUGGUGAAAAUGAUAUGGAAAUGAACCUGGAUAAUGUGUGUGAGUGCUUGUGUGUGUGAAAGACAACGGGAGGACUGCGGGUGGAGAUUGGAGAGAAUACCCUGUAAAUGAGUUGAUCUUUUUGAGCUGUGAGGGUUAUGUUUUUUUUCUUUGUUUUUUUUUUAGCUCCUGCUUUCUGUUUUUGAACUGCACUGCCACUGCUUCAACAUCUCCUCUUUUUAAUCAGGCAGAAAAAGAGAGAUCUGCCAGCAGAGUUGAUGACAGGGAACAUAAUAAAAGGCAAGUGGCCUUCAGCUUUGGACUUGCUGGUUCACCUCCUCAUUGUUGGGCUGAUUGCUAAUCCCAUUGGAAAGCUGGAGCUUUUAGAGCUGAUUGAAAUGAUUGGGUUUGGCUAUGUGGCUAUAAAUGUGUUUGUGAGCACUUGCCACGGCAGUCCGGUAAUUCCCUGGGACAAGACUGAACCUGGCUAAUGUUUCAGAGCUCCAGUUAAGCAGAAGCCUCAGGGCAGAUCAGCACAGGGUGAGGUUGCCUCAGAAACAGUUCGCCAAAAGGUCAGCGUUGGGUUUCUUCUUAUUUAUAAUGCUUCUCCCUGCGGAGCCCGCAGAAGAAAAUGUGAAAAAUUCCAAAGAAGCUCCACAAGCAGAUUGGUGGUUUACAAUGCAGUGUAGGAGUAUGGACUGAAUCCUGAUGGUUAAAACAAGCCCAGCUGUGAGUCCUCACUCUGUAAGGAGUGCUGAGUCAUGUUUGCACUAUUUCAAUCCACACUUGGAGUUAUAAUCACAUACAACUCUGUCUUUUUCUGGUUGUAUCUAUAUUGUGGAUUCAGUCGAUUGCUUUACUAUAGAUGUGUUCAUCUUAGCAGCACAGCGUGAGGAAAAUAAAAUCAAAGUAUGGCACAGUCGUGUGCGUCAUUUUCAGCACCACCCACCAGGUGGAUCUUAUUCGGAUUUUAUAUAGAAUUACAAAGGCGGUGCUAAUAAUGUAAUUAUCUGAAGAGACAUUUGGAACGGGAUUUUACAGCCAAGACUCUCAUUCAUAAGUAAAUGAAAUGCAGGUGUGUUUUUUUAGAGAAGCUCAACAUUUGAAGGAAAAAGGCAUCAUUCAUUUUUCAGGAUUGUUCUUAAAUGUACAUCAAAGCUGGUCUGCUUUGGGGCUCCAAUGAGUUUCAUUUCCUGUGUAAAAGCUGAACUUUUUCUUUUAAACCACUUGGUGAACAUUUGUAAUACCUUUUUCUGAAAGUUGUAAUUUCUUUCACAGCAGGAAGUUAAAAAAAACAUUUAAGCAUUUCAACAGAAAAAUCAAAUGGUAGAGUUUGAAAAAAACAACUAAAUGUGAAAUGAGACUACUUUGUUCAUAUCUAAACUUCUUAUUUAUGAGACUUUCAUAAAGGCAAAAUCCUAAACUGUAUUCUUUUUGAGGUGUUUUAUUGACAUUGUAAAUAAAUAUACAGCAUUUGAUAAGGUAUAAUUUUUUUAAAGUAUAAAAUUUAUAUUUUGUAUUUUUAGCAUACUAACUUAAUUCCUUUAUUUCAUCUUUGUUGCCCGGAUUUUUGUAUCAUUUAAGUCUAUCUACAGCCUUAAAUAUUCUUUCAGAUGUUUUGGUGAAAGAUUGUGCAGAAUUAAAGAUAAAUGUUCAACAGA